GUAAUAAAGAUUAACAUAUAAUUGUUAUAGAUUUAAUUAAAAAUAGGUUGAUAUGAAAGAAAAUUUGUUUUAAAUUAUACAGUAAAGUUUUUCUAUUAGGAAUUAAAGUUAAAACAUUUUAAUGGAGUGUCACAGUGAAGGGGUAUUGUAAAACUCAAGUGAGGAAAUUUUGUAUUUCGCGCUUCCAAGACGGAUCAAGCGCACAGACUAGUUCAAGACCGUGGGAGUUCAGCUUACAUUAGCUCGUAACUUUUUUUAAAUGUUACUAACACUUAAAAUAUCAAAACUUGAUACCAGUACCUCAGUUUCGUUGCGUUCUCAAGAAGAAGACACAUUGUUUAUUUACUAGUUCAGCUCAGAGCAAGUCGACCAUUGUUUGUUCAGAGGAAGGCUACGCUAUUCAUUCAUAACUUCAGUCCGACGUAGUACGUCAUGGGAGCGAGUGGACUUGCAGAAUACGUGGAUAUGGAAGAGCAUGCUGGAACUUGUCUUUUCUGGAAGUUUUUCUCCAGGUUGUGAUGGCAGGAUAUAAUACACUACUCACUUUGGCAGCGGUUUCAUUGGUUGGAUCGUUCGCUAUACUGAAUUGCUACGUAUACUUUUCUUCUCCUUCAAGCGAAGUUCAAGAUGUGGAGCAUUGGUUGGAAGAUAACAAGUUGAAUCACCUCAAAGGGUUAUUCAGACACUUGGGUAAGUAUUAUGAAUAGUUUUUUUUCUUCUUUUUUCAUAAUGUCUCUAUCUACGAUAAUCGUCACAAAACUUUAACUAAACCGCCUACGAUAUGAAAGACUAUACUUUUGAAACCCCCUCCAUACCCCAGGUUCGCAAUCGAUCGGCGCAGAGGAUGUCCGUCGAGAACGCGCAAGACUCCCAGAAGCAGCUCAGUUUUCCGACAGGGCCUAAAACACACAGACUCUCCCUCCUCCACCCGCCCUCUCCCGGGCAUGACAAUAAACACGUGAUAUCCAAGCAAUAAAACCCCCAACCACUUUUCAUCCUAACCCUUUAAGAAAAAAAAAAACACACACACAUCCACGAUGUAUUUGAAUGUAUGAGUAUGAAUGCUGUUUUGAAACAAAAAAAAAACUUAAAUUUUUAGUUUUUAAACAAAAAAAAAUUAAACAAAAACACAUAAAAAAAUUAAUAUAAUUAGGGUCCAAACGUUCCGUCUGAAACCGUCCAAAGAAAUAAAAUAUUUGCCAAUAUGAACGAUGAAAUUUGUUCAAUCGCUAUGACAACUAUGCGUUCGUCCGAUAGUAAUUCUUCAGGGAUAUCCAGCCUGGUGAGCUGUGCGACCGUGGAAGACUUGCCGCAGCUCCACCCCCACGAUGAGGAGAGGCUGCAGCGUGCGGCGAGGCUCCUGCAGCAGAGGCUCAUCCUCAGGCAAUGGCUCUACGACCAUGGUCUUCAGCACCAUCAUCACAGGCUUUUGCAGGAAGAUGUAACUUCAUUAGAAGAUGUCUACUGGUUAGAAGACUCCAGAGCCAGAUUCCUUCUCGGGAAGGACUUCCCCACCUGGAGUACAGCUCGCCAGGCGCUACCAGUGUCCAAGGAAGACCUGUCCAGUCUGAAGGCCGAAUUAUGGAGUGCCGUUGUCAAGAGCAGUCACCAUCAGGAUGCCUGGACUUUUGGCGGUAUGCUGGUGGUGUCUGUGAGCGUUGCCGGCCUGGUGACCCUGGCCGCUAUGACCCAGCCCUCUCUAGCUCCCGAAGCCAAGCACUCCCUGCUCCAGUACGUCACCGGGAAGUACCUCCACACCGGGAACACGGCCGUGCGCUUCCACUGGCAAGAUCCCCAGCAAGUCGGCCAGGCCACCUCCUUCACCAUCAUGUUCUACCAAAGAAACGGACAGCCAUAUCCCAUCUGCGAUACAGAUCGGCUCACCAUAGAAGUGAGUGAAUUCGAAGGGCACAGGAGAGUCGCAACCCUGAUAGAACUCGGUGGUACAGAACCAAACUCUGCCAACACUGCUGUGGUCAAGUUCACAGUGAGGCAGGCCGGCCAAUACAAGAUAUCCAUCCUCAUUGGAAACACUCCUAUAAAUGGUAGUCCGUUCUUUAAAACAUUUUUGCCAGGACCUCCGGAUCCAAUAAAAACCACUUUUGUCCGUCCAUCGUCAACAGUUAUUUGCACAGUGGGUAUCGCCCAUAGCCUGGCGAUGGAACCCAGAGACGAAUUCAACAAUCUCUGUCGGUUUCCAGAAUCAGAAGAUCCAACUAGUGGCUAUUCUGUUUGUAUCAAACAGAUUGGAGAGCAAGUUGGUGAUGCAAUCGAAUCUGCUUGGAGCUUGGAGUACGACCACACAUCAGGCAGAAUCAUGUUAGGUUUAGUAAUGGCGAAAGAAGGUUGCUAUAAAGUUCAAAUAUCUUAUUCUGGGAUGACCCUUUGUAAUGGUCUAUUUGACUGCGUAGCUCUCAGUACUACAGAUGCAGCUAUAGUACAGAAGAAUGUUCGCAAUCACAAUACCUGGUAUGAAGCAAGGCUUCUGAGUUUUCAAGGAGAAAAAUUCCUCAAGCCACGGAAAGUAUUGGUAUAUAUUUCUCCUAAGCAGCUUACGAUAAAAGAAUUUGUUUUGAAGUUUAUCCCAAAGAGAUUGAUAACUUUUCGUUUAUGUCCGUCAACAAAGUUUCAUUUCUUAAGUGAAAACAAUCAAAUAUCGUUCCCAUCUUUCAUUAUCGAUGAUGGAUGUCAACCGAAAGUUGAACUGAUGUCACGGGAGAGAAAUGUUAUUGCUGCAACCUUCACACAUUUUCUUUUAAAAAAUAUUGGUGGUUCGGAAACAUUCAAAGAUAAACAAGAGUUUUUUUAUCAUGAAGUUAGAAGGUUUCAUCACAAGCAUUUUCAUGAAAAGCUAUCAAUGAAAGUAAACAGAGAAAAAUUACUCGAAUCAUCUAUAAAAGCGACAAAAGGAUUUUCUGUGAGUGAUUGGUGUCGGAACUUUGAGAUAACAUUUCAAGGAGAGCAAGGUGUUGAUUGGGGCGGUCUAAGAAGAGAGUGGUUUCAACUAAUUUGUGCAGCUUUGUUUGAUUCUAAAAAUUUAUUAUUUAAAGGAUUUUCUGAUAAUCAGCAGGCUUUGGUUCACCCUAACCAGAAACGACCACCACAAUUAAAAUUGAAAUAUUACGAGUUCGCUGGAAGAGUUGUUGGAAAAUGCCUGUACGAAUCGGCUUUGGGAGGCGGCUAUAGACAACUGGUAAGGGCCAGGUUUACACGAUCUUUUUUGGCUCAGCUGAUUGGUUUGAGGGUACAUUAUAAGUAUUUUGAGCAAGAUGAUCCUGACUUAUAUCUUACAAAGGUAAAGUAUAUUCUUGAACACGAUGUAGAAGAUAUGGAUCUAUUUUUUGUAGAAGAGGAAUAUGACCAGACCGGACAACUUAACAGGCUUGUGGAGUUGGUACCAAAUGGAAGUAAAAUACGAGUUCAUAACACCUCUAAACAUCAAUAUCUUGAUGCUUUAGCUCAAUACAGGCUUGCGACAAGUUUGAAAGAUGAAAUUGAAGCUUUCUUAAGAGGUCUUAACGAUUUAAUACCCGACAAUCUUCUUAGUAUAUUUGAUGAAAAUGAGUUGGAGCUGUUGAUGUGCGGUAUGGGUGAAUACAGCGUUACAGACUUCAGAUCUCAUCAUAUUAUAAAUGGCUCUUCUCCCGAAUUUUCUCGAAUCCUAGAGUGGUUCUGGGCUGCCGUCUGCAAUUUUACUCAUGAAGAAAUGGCACGGUUACUUCAGUUCACGACUGGAAGCUCUCAGCUACCACCGGGAGGGUUCAAAGAACUUAGCCCUAGGUUUCAACUUACUCCUGCACCGACGUUUGGAAAUUUACCUACAGCACAUACUUGCUUUAACCAACUAUGUUUACCGGAUUAUGAUAGCUAUGAACAGUUUGAACGAGCUCUCCUACUAGCUAUAAACGAAGGAACGGAAGGAUUCGGAAUGAUCUGAUGGGUUUUUCCUUCUGUGAUAUUCUUGUUUUGCUAAUAUAAUUUUAUUUUUCUUAUCGACCUAUUAAAUAUUAAUAUAAAAAACAACACAUGCUUUCUAUGCUCAUCUCUAUUUUGUAUUACUAAGCAUGCUCCAGUCAAAUGGUGGUUUUAG